AAAAAAAAAAAAAAAAAAAAAAAAAAUUAUUUCUCCCUUCGUGAUUACAUGUAUGGUUAUUUGUAACAGCAAGCACUGAAGCAAAUAAUGCUUUAAAAUUUUACAUAAAAAUCACUUAUACGACCUGUUGCCCGUGCUAUUAGUAACGAAUAAAAAUUUGCAAUUAAUUGUGCGACCGACCGACCAAACACAAAAAGCAAUGAAAAUAAAAGGAAAAAAUAUUCAAUUUGUAACAAGUUUUUAAUGUUUGUUUAACUUCCGAAUUGCCUGCUUAUAGAAAAUUACUCCGAGCUCUGCCCCUCAGAGGUGCAGCGAAACGAAAUGAAUGAAAUGCAGCGGGCAAAGAGAAACGAUAUAUAAUUGUGUUGCAAUUCUUUGCUUUCUUUUUUUCAAUUUUUGUUCUUUUCUUGCAAUAUUUUAUAAACUCGUGGUCAAAUUAUUAUCGUUCUCCUUCUUAUUGUUAUUGUUAUUGUUGCUCUUAUUAUCAUUAAUUAUCGGCCAAAUUGUUGCACUUUAAACUCGCGUGUUUCUAAUAACGGUAAACGCAUAGAUAUAAAACAACAUAUAUGUACUUGGCGCAUAAGUCGUUUGCAAAUGAAAACAAAAAACACAAAAAACACAAAAUACACGAGAUUAAGAAAUCUUUAACCGGGCCUGCGAGAAGUGCUGCAAACGAGAGAUGAAAGAAAAACAGCAUCAAACAAUAAAAGAUAUAAACGGUCCUACCAUACACUUUUUUCUUUACCUACAUACACAUACAUAUGUAGAUGGGAAUGGCAGCCAAGUAUAAUUUGCAUCGAGUGCAUCGGUUACAUUAGUGGAAUAUAAAUGCUAUAGGAUGACUGCAUAACUGCAUAAUUACUUUCAUGAAUUUGAUUAAGUUUAUAUAAAAAAAGAAAUUAAGCGUUAAAGCUUGGUGUGUAAGUGCGCGCGCGUAACUGUUUCUUCUAUAACAAUAAUAAUAAUAAUAAUAAUAAUAUGCUUAUAAUGAUAAUAAAUUAAUGAAAAUGUCAACGAGCAAAACCAACUAUAACCGCAACAAUGUACUCUCAAUGUACUUCUGCUGUCUUCUCGAAGUAACCGGAAACUGUUAAUUAACUUUAGCGUACUACUUACUAGUAUUCAAUAUCAGUUAAGACUUUCUAAUUAACGCAAAGCACUAAGAGUCGAUUCUCGGGCUUGUAUGACAGCUAUUGCGCUGUUACUUUUUAACCUGACAACUCGUGAAAAACAGGAAUUCAUAACAAAAACAAAAAAGUUUAAGACAAGGAUUAUGUUACCAGCAGUCAAAAUGCACAAGGAUUACGAUGCGAUACUAAAUAAGUUGAGAAAGCUACGAUGCAUAACCGACACACAAACAAUAGAGAAAGAAGCACAGGAAGCAAAGAGUGUUGAAAACACAUUUUAUAACCAUGCGACCCAUGCUGUAUAUAAAUCAAAUACUAUUACAUGGGAAAGAAAACAUUAAAAUCAGACCACAAGCUCUGGCCAUUAUCUAGGAGAUCAUUUCAUAUGUGCACUGGGUACACAACGGAGGCUUUCUCAUCUACCGUUUAUAAAGAGACUUUGCACCGUAAUAAACUGAUACAAGAUAAGCCAGUGCAAACAGGACGGACGUUUGUAACAAUUUAAUAGAAGCAAGUGGGCAAAAUGUCCAGCCAUUCCGGUACAAUUGGCCGUAAACGUGGCGGCAGCAGUAGUGGUGUCAGCGGCAGUGCCGCCGGUAGUGAAUAUUAUUUUAGUGGCGGUGAAAAGAUGCGGCGGCAACGUUCAGCUGAAUGGCAUAGUCGUCACGGCUAUAAUAGCAGCAGUGAGGAUGAGUAUCAGAACACGGGUCAAACCUCAGCAUUCGAUACACAAUUGCUGGCCCAGCUGUUGUUGCAAAGUCAGCAAUUGGCAAAUAUGGAUAAUUACACUUCCGACCUGGAAAAUGAGGAGAUCUUUUCGCGUUUAAGUGAAUAUCCGUGUAGCAAAAAUCGUGAUUCAUCCUCCAAUGCCAACGAUACUCCAAACUAUUUACAUCAUCUACAACAGCAACAUAACGAUUCACCCCAACAACAAAGCACAGCAUUAUGUUCACCUGCAAAACAUCAUCAGCCGUCAAAGACUGCCAAUACGUCUGCUACCAUUACGUUACUAACAACGUCGUCCACUAGUGCAACAACAACAAUAACUGCCAAUCAUAAAUAUUUGGAUGCCAAUAAUUCUACAAUAACAACAAGUUUGGGUGGAUUUUUACCUACACCCACGAAACCAGCUCGCAGUACAAAUCCUUUCCUAAACUCGAAAUACGAUUCACAAUCAAAUUCGGACUCGGUUAGUGAUCGUUUAUCAUUAUCGGGUAGUGCUAUCAUGUUAGAUCGUUUACAAAAUUCCUCUGAGUACGGUAACGGGAUUUUAAAUAGCGCGUUCAUGUUACCGAUCACAACCAAUUCGUUGGCCAAUAGUUUCGGUGGCUCUGUACGCGAAACUCAGUCAACUCGUCGUUCUAAAAACGGUCGUCCUUUAAAUCGUUCAAACGGUAUGACUACAUCGAGUAGUGGCACGUCUUCCAAUAGUAAUGCUACUGUUAGUAAUACUGGUCGCUCGGAACGUGAAAAAUUAAAAUUACAACAACUACAAAUGGAAUUACGUGAAUAUGCUCAAGCUCAUGUCGCAGCGGAUAGCUCGGCUGACACUUCCAUUAUAUUGGAUGGGGGCGGAGGAAAUAUUGAAGAAUUAAACGAUGAUGAUGACGGUGAACCACCGCCAGAGCCAGCGCCACCGGAAAUACCGCCACGUACGCAAUCGUUAUUAAUGUCACUGCGUAAACAUUCGGAGUAUAAGCUUAACUAUGAAGAAAAAGGGGACCAAAAACAUGAGGAAUUUAUACCAACCAGUCACAUGCAGCAGCAACUACAACAGCAAUCGAAGGAUUAUUUGAUACCCGAGAUUGGUGUACGUUGCAGUGAAAGUCAAUCGAAAUCAAUUGGAUCAAGUGAAACGCAAAGUCAACAAGGAUUGGGUCCCAUGCCCGGCUCGGCACAUCAGCAACAAAUGCCACAAAGUAUGUCAACGGGUAAUAACACCAUUGGCGGUCAUGGUGGCCAUGAUCGCGGCGGUGGCGGUGCUGGUGGAGGCGGUGGCGGAGGUGGUGGAAUGCCUGUCGCUGGCCCUGGUGGUCCUCAUUGUCAAAUGAGCGGUUCACAGCCCUUGGUGAUGCCAGCAUUUCCAUUGCGUAAUUCACACUCAGCCCAUACACCGCAUUAUUCGCCCUACUCACCAUCCAGGUUUCACAUAGAUAAACGUUGUCAGCAUCGUUGUUCCUGGAAAUGUUUGAGCAUUGCCUUAAUAUUAAUAUCAGUCGUCCUAACAGCCAUGUUGGCGUAUUUUGCUGCUGUGAGCUCUAUGAAACCUAACAUGGAUACAACAAAUUGCAUCCUAGUCCAAGAUGUCAAAUCUCAACCGCAUGAUCUACAUGCUGCAGGCAAUGCGAAAGUGAGCAACCAUAAUGGGGGUAGCCAAACACCUACGGCAAACCCCACAGAAGAGUCAGUACAGACCAGUACCUCAGACCACAGUUCUAGUCUAGGUGGCGGCGGUGGUGGUGCUGGUUUAAGUGUUGGUAUUUUCCAAAAUUUAGCUCCUUCACUACAACUACAACAUCAACAGCAACUGCUAUUACAACAGCAACAACCACAUGCCAUUAAUCAGCAACUAGCAUCCGGUGUAGGUAUGACGACCAUGAAUGGUCAAAUGUACGGCUUAGGUAUGGGUGUCGGUCUGGGCGUAGGUGGUGGAAAUCUAGCACAAGAUGCUACUGCCCAUUUGCAAGACCAAUCGUACACCGCUCACCAGCAGCAACAGCAACAACAAACGCAGCAACAGUUACUCAAGUGGCCACAGGUCGUUGAGCUAAAGGAUUUCAAUGAGUUGUAUCAUGCCAAUAUACCAGCUUACCAGUUCUGGAAUUUAGAAUUUCGCAACAAGCAUCCGGCAUUUGUGCGGUUCAAUUUUACUUUACCCUGGGGUGCCAAUUUUGCAGUGUACUCACGCCGCAACGUGGCGCCCUCAGUAACCCAAUACGAUUUUGUGGAGUUCAUCAAAGGCGGUCGACUCGAUAGUCAUUUACGUCAUAGACGCAGUAUUUUCAAUCAUUUUCAUAAUGAUAGCUUGCAAGAGAGAGGAAAUUUUGAGUAUGCGGAUGCGUUAGUGAAAAUGUCACCGGACUUUUUGCAGCAAUCAUUAGCAGACGAAUUACACUACAAGCAUGGCAAACGUUUAACUUUUAGUCGCAUUAGCGAUGAUGAUAACGAUGAUUGGGAUUUUAAUGAAGACAACGUUGACAAUGCCGAAGAUUUUGAUGAGGGAAAUAUUAAUAAUGACGAUGCCGAUGACAAUGACGAUGAUGACGAUGAUGAUACUGAUGACGAUGAUGGUGCUGAUGCCGACGGUGGUGAUGAUGUAUCGUUCGAGAAUAACUUUGAUAUCGAUAGCAAUAAUAUUCAUUCGCCGACAAAAUUAAGAUAUCAUCGCAUAAGAAAGCGUUCGGCCAUGGGCGCAACGGCCGGUUUAGACGGUGGUUUACCGGCUUUAGAUAUGGAUACGAUGAUGGUUAAUGUUUCUCUUUUACAAUAUCUGGACACCGGUCUUUGGUUUAUAUCUGUCUAUAACGAUGAAUUGGUCUCUCACUCGGUCACUCUGAUAGUAGAAGAAGCUGAAGGUGUUAGCACCACUUGCCCAAAUGAUUGCUCCGGCCGCGGCAGUUGCUAUUUGGGCAAAUGUGAUUGCAUAGAUGGCUAUCAAGGCUCCGACUGUUCAAAAAGUGUUUGUCCAGUAUUGUGUUCAGCUCAUGGUCACUACGGUGGCGGUGUAUGUCAUUGCGAGGAGGGCUGGAAGGGUUCAGAAUGUGAUAUACCGUUGGGUGAAUGUGAAGUACCGAAUUGUUCAAAUCAUGGCAGAUGCAUUGAAGGUGAAUGUCAUUGUGAACGUGGCUGGAAAGGUCCUUUCUGUGAUCAACAUGAUUGCCUUGACCCUUUAUGUUCUGGUCAUGGUACAUGUGUUGCGGGGCAAUGCUAUUGUAAGGCUGGCUGGCAAGGUGAAGAUUGUGGUACUAUAGACCAACAAGUAUAUCAAUGUUUACCCGGCUGCUCAGAACACGGUACAUAUGAUUUAGAAACGGGACAAUGUGUAUGUGAACGUCAUUGGACUGGUCCAGAUUGUUCACAAGCUGUAUGCAGUUUGGAUUGUGGAUCGAAUGGUGUCUGCGAGUCGGGCAAAUGCCAUUGUAUGCCUGGCUGGACUGGAAAUCUAUGCGAUCAACUGCCCUGCGAUGCCAGAUGCUCCGAACACGGCCAGUGUAAGAACGGUACUUGUGUUUGCUCCCAAGGAUGGAAUGGCAGACAUUGCACAUUGCCUGGCUGCGAGAAUGGCUGCUCACGUCAUGGUCAAUGCACUCUUGAAAAUGGCGAAUAUCGUUGCGAUUGCAUUGAAGGUUGGGCUGGGUCAGAUUGCUCAAUUGCAUUGGAAAUGAAUUGCAAAGACAAUAUUGAUAAUGAUGGAGAUGGCAUGACUGAUUGUUCGGACAGUGAAUGCUGUUCGCAUCCGGCCUGUGCCGAGCAUAUAAUGUGUUUAUCUUCCAAUGACCCGGUUGAAGUUUUAUUACGCAAACAACCCCCUUCGGUAACGGCAUCAUUCUACCAACGUGUCAAAUUUUUGAUUGAAGAGAAUUCCGUGCAAUCUUAUGCUCAUAUGGAUGAGUACAGCGAAAAUAUUUUCUGGAGCUCAUUUACUCCUUGCCGGGUUUCGGUGAUGCGUGGUCAAGUAAUCACACCGCAAGGCUUAGGCAUCGUCGGUAUCCGUGUAUCUGUUGAUCGCGAUUCACGUUUCGGUUUCACCCUAACCAGACAAGGAGGAUGGUUUGAUGUUUUGGUCAAUGGGGGUGGUGCUGUUACUCUACAAUUUCAAAGAUCUCCUUUCCGUCCUUUGACGCGCACGGUUUUUGUGCCCUGGAACCGCAUAGUAGUGUUGCCGCCCGUACAAAUGCAGCUAAGUGAUGAUGACGACAGUGCCAAUAGGAACAUAAAAGUGGCGCCAUUGAAUCCAGCUUUGACUUUUCUUAAUUCAAUUGUUUAUUAUUUCGCCGAUGAGCCCAGUGCCGAAGCGCAUAAAAUAUGUCUGGAGCAUGAUCAUGAAGAACUGAAGCCUCAGUUGAUUAGUACCUGGAUGCCAAAUGGUGUGGGUGCCAUGCCUGGUAAACGUGUCAUAUUUGCAGAAACUCAGAUUGUUCAAGAAUCAAUCCAAAUACCGGGUUCCGACUUACAUCUCACAUAUCAAUCUUCGCAAGCAUCGGGCUAUUUAAGCAUUGUACGGAUGCGUUUGACCGCUGAACAUAUACCGACAACGUUGACGCACGUGCAUGUCGGAGUGGAAAUUGAAGGGUCAUUGCAUGUGAAAACCUAUGAAGCCGAUCCUAAUCUAAUACAUACGUUUGCCUGGAACAAACGCAAUGUUUAUCGUCAAAAAGUCUAUGGCGUUACCAUAGCUCGAAUAUCGGUGGGCUAUCAGCAUUCUACUUGCGUGAGUCCUGUAUGGAUUACACAAACUGCGAAAUUGCAAGGUUAUGAUGUGGACAUCUCAGACAUUGGUGGUUGGGGUCUGGAUAUACAUCAUCAUUAUAAUUUCCAUGAGGGAAUUUUACAAAAAGGUGACGGCAGUACGCUACACAUGAAAGAGUAUCCACGGACCGUUAAAGUGGUAAUGGGUACUGGUCUGCAACGUCCCCUGAAUUGUCCUGAUCAUUGCAAUGGUAUAGCUAAAGAUGCCAAAUUACUGACACCCAUAGCCUUGGCAUCUGGACCAGAUGGUAGUCUAUACGUGGGCGAUUUUAAUUUGGUAAGACGCAUAACGCCUGACGGUAAAGUUUAUACCAUAUUGCAACUAAGUGCUACACAAGUUUCCUAUCAAUAUUACUUGGCUGUAUCACCCGCCGAUGGUCAUUUGUAUAUAUCCGAUCCGGAAAGGCAUCAAAUUUUGCGUUUAUUACGAUUAGAAAAAGUAAAAGAUCCCAGCAUCAAUUCAGAACCUGUGGUAGGUUCUGGACAACGAUGUAUACCAGGCGAUGAAAGCAACUGCGGUGACGGUGGCCCUGCAUUACAAGCACGUCUUUCCCAUCCAAAAGGCUUGGCCAUAGCUGCAGAUCGCACUAUGUAUAUUGCCGACGGCACAAACAUACGAGCAGUGGAUCCCAAAGGUAUUAUACAUACACUGAUAGGUCAUCAUGGUCAUCACAAUCAUUGGAGUCCUGCCCCUUGUACCGGUACACUAAUGGCCAAUCAAGCUCAAUUACAAUGGCCAACUGGCUUAGCUUUAAGCCCGUUAGAUGGUUCUUUACAUUUCAUAGACGAUCGUCUGGUAUUGCGCUUAACCUCAGAUAUGAAGAUACGCGUUGUCGCUGGCACCCCAUUGCAUUGCUCAAAUAAUGGCCAGGAUAAGGACAAUAAGACUACCGAUAACGUCUUAGGUACUGUCUUGGCUAUGGCUUUCUCACCAUUCGGCGACUUGUAUAUAGCAGAUAGUGACUCGAGACGCGUUAAUUCGAUACGAGUAGUGGAUACAGCUGGCAAUAUGCGUUACUUUGCCGGGAAACAAGAAGGCAAUAGUGCCUUCACAUGCGAUUGCGCUGGCCUCAAUGCCAGUGCAUCCGGCUUUAAUUCGAACUUAGCUGGUUCGCAUAAUAGUGCCUAUUCAACGACUACGCAACCAGUUCGCAAUAAUAUCGGCGGCGGCGGCGGCGGCGGCGGUGGUGGCACUACACCGACAACACCAUCUGGCGGAAACGGAAAUAGUGGCGGUUUCAAUGGCAUUGGCGCGUCUGGUCUUUCGGCAGCCAUGCUUAUGGGUGGUGCAGGUGGUGCUUGUAUUUGUACGCCUGCCGCUGGAUUAGCUGGCAUCGUAACGGCCAAUCUAAUGUCAACUGGACCAACAACAACGACAACAGUUUUGUUGGGUGCUAAAACAACAACAGCAGCCGGCAAUUUAGCGGGCACAGCUGCUCUAAAUGAUGAUGGUACACUAAGCAAUGCCGAAACAUUAUUGUCCUCCAAUGCGCGUUUUCAAGCAAUUUCAGCAAUUGCGGUCGCCCAGGAUGGCGUUAUAAAUGUAGCUGAUCAAGGCUCGCUGCAUGUAUUAGCUUUGGAGCAUUAUUUGCCAUCGCAUGACGAAAAUGGUGAAUUUCAUAUUCCGUAUCCACCCUCCAGUGAGAUUUAUGUGUUCAAUCGCUAUGGACAACAUGUAGCGACCAAGGACUUGACUUCAGGCAAAACAAGGUAUAGUUUUCUGUAUUCGAAGAACACUUCAUUUGGUCGCCUAUCCACCGUUACCGAUGCCUCAGGUAAUAAGAUACAAUUCCUGCGUGAUUAUAGCAACGUUGUUAGCUCAAUAGAGAAUACUCAAGAUCAUAAGUCAGAUAUACAAAUCAAUGGCAUCGGCAUUAUGACGAAAUUAAGUGAGAAGGGCCGCCAGGAAAUCGAACUAGACUAUGAUAGUAAUACUGGUUUACUUAACUCGCGAUCAUCGGGUGGCGAGACGUAUAUUUACCAAUAUGAUGAAUUUGGUCGUGUUACGGGUCUCAUUCUCCCAAGCGGUGAAAUUGUGCGUAUUACAUCCCAAUUGGCCGAUAAUAAAGGCUUAACGGUAUAUGUGCACGCUUCAGUUGAAUCAUUAUUCUCUCGCGAAAAGGGUGAUAUUAAUGAGCUGUUGGUUUUGGGUGGUGUUCGUUCGACGUUCUUAAAGAAGGGUCGAGAAAACGCCAACGCCGAAAUUAAACCCAAUAAUACCUUAAUUAUACACAGCUCGAAUGGUGUAGUGGUAGAAUCGUCCGCUGUGGCACGUCACCCUUUAUUAGAGGCUGCUUUACCCGUCGAAGCUGAAAUGUUAGCCAUGUGGUCUCAUCAAAGUGUAGUAAUGGGCGAAGGCCAGAUUAACAACAUGUAUUCAGUCUACAAUCUUAUUGGUGACGUCCGUAAUCCUCAACAAACGCUCAAUCGCGAAAUAUGGGUUAAUCAGUCGCGAGUCAUUGGUGUGGAGUACGAUCAAUUCACGAAUCGUGAGACUUUUUAUGAUAUGAAUCGUACUCCCAUUUUAAUCGUAGCCUACGAUCAAUCAGGCCUGCCAAAGUCAUUCUAUCCAACCAACGGCUAUCCCGUUAAUUUGACUUAUGAUCGAUUUAAUCGUAUCGAAGGCUGGGCCUGGGGUCCCGCUGAUCUAAAAUAUUCGUACGACCGCCAUGGUCUCCUAUCUGAAAUAACUUCUCAGCAAGACGGUAUUAUUUCUUUUGUGUACAACGACUGGAAUCUCGUAUCAGAAAUUGGUUUAGCCAGUCAACGUAAAUUCAUUUUGCAAUACGAUGAUUCGGGUGGCUUAAGGCAUGUUAUUUUACCGUCCGGCACUAAGCAUUCUUUUAGCAUGCAAACUUCAAUCGGUUUUAUACGCAAUACUUAUACCCCUCCUGGUAGCUCUAGAGCAUAUUUACAACAUUAUAGUCAUUCAGGAGCUCUACUGCAGACAAUAUUUCCUGGAGAUGGUGCUCGCAUAUUAUAUCGUUACAAUGCGGCAGGUCAAUUAACUGAGAUUGUUCAUGGUGACGGAAAAAGUGAGUUUAUAUACAACGAGUCCACAGGUAUGCCUAGCACAGUAUCCCAUAUAGAACGUGAAUUGGAGUACAGAUGGGAUUUUGAAUAUGCCGGUGGCUUACUAACUGAAGAACGGAUUGAUUUUGUAGCCAAAACGGGCUUAAGUAAUGCAAAGUUCACUUAUGAACACGACACAGACUUUCGCGUUAUUUCUAUCCAAGGCCGGAUUGGCGGUCAAAAUUUGCCCGCGCAGAACUUUGCUUAUAACAUGCGCACCGGCCAGCCCAGCAUGAUUGGUCAAUUCAAAAUAAUGCAUCCGUUGCUUAAUCAAACCCAAGUUUAUGAUGGCACCGCCAGUUUUACGCGUACUGUAGAUGGCCGUUUCAUGACCCAGAAAAUUACUUUAGCCAUACACCGCUUGGAAGUAUUUCGUAUGGAGUAUAGCUUCGGUAUACAUGGGCGUAUAACGCAAACCCGCACUUAUACUCGCAAUAUGGCUGUGAACACUUAUACAAAUGUUAAGAAUUACACUUGGGACUGUGACGGACAACUAAUCGGGGUAGAAGCUCAGGAACCAUGGGGUUUCCGUUAUGAUGACAAUGGAAAUUUGCUGUCGCUGACUUACCGCGGCAACACUAUACCUAUGGAAUACAAUAACCAAGAUCGGAUAGUAAAGUUUGGCGAAGGACAAUAUAAAUAUGAUGCUCGCGGCUUGGUGGCCCAAAAUGCCCGCGAAGAAAGAUUCCAUUAUAAUACACAAGGUCUACUUGUUAGAGCUACCAAAAGAGGACGUUUCGAUGUACGCUACUAUUACGAUCAUUUGAAACGUUUGGUUACCCGAAAAGAUAACUUUGGCAACGUUACUCAAUUCUUUUACAACAAUCAGCAACGGCCUUAUGAAGUUUCGCAAAUUUAUUCGCCAAGAGAUGGCAAAUUGAUGUCCUUAACUUAUGAUGACGUCGGUCAUUUGAUUUACGCUCAGGUGUAUAGGCAUAAAUAUUACGUAGCCACAGAUCAAAGCGGAACGCCUAUAAUGAUCUUCAAUCAAUACGGCGAAGGUAUUCGAGAGAUAAUGAGAUCACCGUUUGGUCAUAUUGUAUAUGACUCAAAUCCUUACCUUUAUUUGCCAAUUGACUUCUGCGGUGGCAUAUUAGAUCAGGUAACAACAUUGGUGCAUAUGGGCGAUGGCCGAGUAUAUGAUCCGCUAAUAGGGCAAUGGAUGAGUCCCAAUUGGGAAAAUGUCUUAGAACGCAUUAUAACACCGACCAAAAUGCAUUUGUAUCGUUUCAACGGCAACGAUCCGAUUAAUGUGGGCCAUGAUCGUAACUAUCCGUCUACAUUUAAAAAAUGGAUGUCCACUAUAGGUUUUAAAAUGGAAAACCUAUUGCCACAAUUAACCCGUAAACUAUGGGAGCAACCUUCGCUAUGGGGCAGAGCACCACAUAAUCCAAUCGCUUUGGAUUUGAAGAAACCCAGAUAUAAUGUGCCUACCAUGGCAGUAGAAAGCGGUUUUCUGGCACAUUUGAACAUUAGACGAAUGUCUAACUUUGAAGAUUUAUCAGCCCCACCGCAGUCGGCCCUGAAGUACGAUGUCAUGAAUCCCAAUCCUAAAACAAUAGGAUCUGAUACAGAGCCGCCAUUUGGCAAAGGUAUUGUUGUAUCGCGGACCUCAGACGGCCAAGCCAUAGUCUCUAGUGUACCGGCAGCUAACGCCAUCUAUCGCGAUGUAUACACCUCGGUAUUUAAUAGAUCCAAGUUGUUACCUUUCACGUUUGUGGUACAUAAUGCACAACAAGACUCAUUCUUUUUCGUAAAGGAGGAAUUGUGGCGAGCCAGUGAAGAUCGGCAGCAAUUGAAGAGACUACAAGGCCAAGUAAAUACAACCUUUCACGAGAUUACCCGAGAGAAUGGUAGUGGUACCAAUUAUUUGGAUGUCAAGAUACAUGGUCUUCAUGCUAUUAUCAAUUUACGUUACGGCACCACUGUAGAAAAAGAGAAGCAACGUUUAAUGCAUCAUGCCAAACUGACAGCUGUACGCAAAGCCUGGCAUCGCGAGAAGGAAGCUUUAAGGAAUGGCCUUAAUUCCGAAAUUGAAUGGAAUCAACAAGAGAUAGACGAAAUUUUAAAACAAAGUUAUGCAAAUAAUUAUGAAGGCGAGUAUAUACACGAUGUAGCAAUGUAUCCAGAAUUAGCCGAAGAUCCGUAUAAUAUAAAAUUUGUAAAAAAGAAAGGAGCAUCGGGUGGAGCCGCGGGUAUUAUUACGACACGUAAACGCCGCAGAAGAAGCACAAAUCGCUUAGAGAUCUUGACAACGUCUAAUGACGUUAGCCGAAAGAAAAGUGAGGCAAACAAGGAACAAAAAUACAACACUGAUAACAAUAAUAAUAAAAACACUGCCACGGCCAGCAGUAGUAACAGCAGCAGUGAUUGUUUAAAGCAUUUUAAUAAGUGUUAGCUUAGUUAAUUUUUAAUCAAAAAACAAAAGUAAGAAA